UGUGGGGAACCUCAGUUCGGUGGCUGGGCAUGGGCGGUCGCCUUCGGACAAGUCUCGCGGUAGAUUCGGGUACCCUCAGCGGGUGCCUCCCGCCCUUCUGAACACCCUCCCUCCUCUCCGCGGGGAGGAGGUCGAGGCCGGCCACAGGCUGAGCGCGCUUCGGGCUGGGUUCUCGACAGUGAAUCAGUUGAGGAGCACCUCGUAGUAGAUGUCCUUUCGGCCAGUUCGUCCCACGCUCCCCGACGUGUCAGUAGCUGCCAUGAGCUGAGAAGCUUUCCUCUACCAGGCCCUUCCACCAUGAUUUUCUGCCUCACUUCAAACCCAGAGCCAUGAAGCCAGCUGAUCAUUGACUGAGACCUCUUAAACUAAAACAAGAUUAUCUUCCUAUCCAAAAAGAUGAAAACCUGGCUACAUUUGAAAGACAACCAAGUGAACACCACAGACUAAUGAGUAGAAUCAAUAAGAACGUGAUUUUGGCCCUUUUAACAUUGACAAGUUCAGCAUUUCUGCUAUUUCAGUUGUACUACUACAAGCAUUAUUUAUCAGCAAAGAAUGGAAUUGGUUUGUCAAAAUCCAAAGGCAGCAAAAUCGGAUUUGAUAGCACACAAUGGCGUGCAGUUAAAAAAUUUAUUAUGCUAACAUCCAGCCAAAAUGUACCAGUGUUCCUUAUUGAUCCUUUGAUUCUGGAACUGAUUAGUAAAAACUUUGAACAAAUCAAAAAUACUUCUCAUGGCUCCACUUCAGAAUGCAAGUUUUUCUGUGUUCCGAGAGAAUUUACUGCAUUUGCACUACAGUAUCACCUGUGGAAGAAUGAAGAAGGCUGGUUUCGGAUAGCUGAAAAUAUGGGAUUUCAAUGCCUAAAGAUUGAAAGCAAAGAUCCUCGGCUAGAUGGGAUAGACUCACUUUCUGGAACUGAAAUCCCCCUGCACUAUAUCUGCAGAUUGGCCACUCAUGCCAUCCAUUUGGUGGUCUUUCAUGAAAGAAGUGGCAACUACCUCUGGCAUGGCCAUCUACGACUCAAAGGACACAUUGACAAGAAAUUUGUUCCUUUUCGAAAGUUACAGUUUGGUCGUUAUCCUGGUGCUUUUGACAGGCCAGAAUUACAACAAGUUACUAUUGAUGGACUAGAAGUUCGUAUUCCAAAAGAUCCAGUGCACUUUCUGGAAGAAAUACCACACUCUAGGUUUAUUGAGUGCAGGUAUAAAGAAGCUCGAGCAUUCUUGCAGCAGUACCUUGAUGAUAACACUGUGGAAGCUAUGGUUUUUCGGAAGAGUGCUAAGGAAUUAUUGCAACUAGCAGCCAAAACGUUAAAGAAAUUGGGAGUGCGCUUUUGGCUGAGCAGUGGAACUUGCUUAGGAUGGUAUCGGCAGUGCAAUAUUAUUCCUUAUAGCAAAGAUGUUGACCUAGGGAUUUUUAUACAAGAUUACAAAUCUGAUAUUAUUAUAGCAUUUCAGGAUGCAGGACUUCCACUCAAACACAAGUUUGGGAAGGUGGAAGACAGCUUGGAACUAUCCUUCCAGGGAAAAGAUGAUGUAAAACUUGACAUUUUUUUCUUCUAUGAAGAGACUGACCAUAUGUGGAAUGGAGGCACUCAGGCCAAAUCAGGAAAAAAAUUUAAUUUCUGCUUAUUGGAUAGAUCUUCAGAAAAUUUGGAUUCAUACUUGGAGAACUACAUUCAUAUCCGAGUGUGACUCCUUUGUAAUUUAUUACUUAAUUUCUAUAAAAUUUAUUUCUAUCUAGUCUAUUUUCAGGAUACUAAUGUGAAUAUAACUUAGUUUCUGCUCUCAAGGAUCUCGUAAUCUAGACCAUAAAACAAUAUAACAUUAAAGUACUUUAUGUCAGCAGUAGAGUAAUUGAACUAUGUGCAAUCUAUAGUUGAGGUGCCAGAUCAACCCUAUCUAGAAACAACUGCAAGGAAGUGUAAUUUCAAAACAGGUUGGUUAGGCAGACUUAAGAGGAGUAUGGAGAAAGUCCUAAUAAUAGGUUUGGUUAACUAUUUUUUUCUAUUCUGAUUGUUCCUUUUUUUAAAUUUAAGAAAGUCUGAUAGUAUAUCUUUGCAUAAAAUAAAAGCUUUUUUAGGGAUUUUUACAUACACACAGGAAUGUUAUUGAACCAUUUAAAAAAAAAAAAGAAUGAAAUCCUAUAAUUUGUAGCAAAAAUAGAUGUAACUAGAGGACAUUGUUAAAUAAGCCAGACCAAAAAAGAUAAGUACCGCAUGUUCUCUCUUACGUGGAAGUUUUAAAAAGUUGACUUGAGUGUAGAAUACUGAUAAUUAUCAUUUGGAAAGAGGUGAGGGAUAAAGAGAGACUACAUUUGAUCAGUGCUCAUCAUAUAUAUGUGUUGAACUAUCAUUCCAUUAAUAUGUACAAUUAAUACAUUAAUAAAAAUAAAUAAAAGGAAAUAAGGUCAAAUUGUCUUUAUUUGGCCAUAUCAUCAUACAUAGAAAUUUUAUAGCUUUGCCAUUGAGGUCAUCAGCGAUUAUAUAUCACAUUUAUUAUUUACCCCAAGCUAAACUCCAUGCUCAGUAAAUAUGUUAAAUGAAUUAAUGAAUGAAUGGAUGUGUGGAUUAAUUGAUGUUUACUGAUUCUGAAAAAAAGUGAGCCUUUUAGAGCUUUGAUUCAUUGCCAGAUUGCCUUUCUAAAAAAUGAUACAAAUUUUUGUGUAAUCAGCAUGAAUGAAUGAGAGUGCAAACUUUACUACAUGUUACUGAGUUUUGCAAUUUAAUUAUAGUCCUUCAUGACUCCCCUGAUAGUUCCUUUAAGUAACUUUUUUUCACUUUUUCUCAUUAAUCUAAUAUAUCUUUGAAGCAUCAUAAAAAUGGAUCAGCCAUCCAUGGCAAGUUACUAACAGUUAUUACCUUUCUGUUAACUUUUCCAAACAUCUAUUGGCUUUUAGUGGUGCAAAGCACAUCUUUUUCCCAACCUUUCAGUUGCAUUUUCAAAAUUUAUCUAUAAAAUAUUACAAUAUAUCUGAAUAUUUCAUUUUGAUUAUUUGUUAGGCACUUUUUAUUUAGAGACUUCUAUAUCUAAAAUAUACAUGUGUGAUUUUAGUUGAGUGAGCUUCAGGUUUCUCCAUAACAUGAAGAUAACACUGCAUACCUCAUGGCAUGUAAUGCUUAUAUUGAAUAAUAUUGUGAAAUUACCUGAUUCAGUGCUUGACACAUAAUAGAUUCUCAGUUGUCCACUGAUUCUGAGUUAAGCAGGCAGAACCUCGAAGUCCAGUUAGGGAGGUUCAUUGCCAUGUAAUAAUUAGAAAAAAAAUAUCACAAAUAGUGAAUUAAAGCCUACCAGAUGUAACAAAGAUGAAUACAAACUUAUACUACAUAAUUGCAGAGAGACAGUUUGUAAGAAUAAAACAAGUACAGAGAAUGCUGAGGUAAGGGUAGAGGCAGCACAAUUUGAAUAUUGCUAUUAAAUUAGAUUGAGUUGGCUCUAAGGAAGGAGAUUUAAUCUGAGUGUAGAAAGAUGAUAUUGAGCAAUAUUGGUGAAGCAGUUAAUUGACAGAAAGACUUAAUAUUUGACUGCAGAGUCUUUUAUUUAAUGUAAUAAACAAUAGAAUCUCUUAGGGCUUUAGGUGGGGAAUGUAAUAAGAUACAAGCCCUGUUGAGGAAUACUGUUAUAGCUAAUAUGUGUAGGCAUGAAGAAGUGAAAGAGACUGUUAGUACAGAAACCUACAGAAAAAGCUGGUAUAGUAAGCUAGACUUAGGUGUAUGAGAACCUAUGCUAAACAGGAGGUAAUUGGGAAAAGUAGUAAAAUGAAACUAAACAAACAAACAAACCCUCCAUGCCUGGCUAUGAACAAGGGAGUCCUCAAUCUGAAUGGGAAUUCAAGAACUCUUAAGGAUUCAAAGUAAAACAUAAGUUUAUAGUCUAGAGAAGAUUAGGAAAUAGAAAAUAAUCAUUAAUAUUUUAAUUGAAGUGUAACACAUACACACAAAGGUACACAUACAGAAAGUGUUUAGCUCCAAAAAUCAUCCAGUAAACAAUCAUGUAGAUAGAAUCUCAGUCAAAAAAUAGAUAUUUGGAGCCUGGUGAGGUGGCGCAGGCCUGUAAUCCCAGCAGUUCAGGAGGCUGAGACAGAAGGAUUGCGAGUUCAAAGCCAGCCUCAGCAAAGUUAAGGUGCUAAGCAAGUAAGACCUUGUCUCUAAAUAAAAUACAAAAUAGGGGCUGGGGAUAUGGCUCAGUGGUCAAGUGCCCCUGAGUUCAAUACCCUGUACCCACCUCCCUGCAAAAAAAAAAUGAUAUUUGGACCUGGUGUGGUGGUGCACUCCUAUAAUCCCAGGAGGAUCACAAGUUUGUGAUUCUAGACAACUUAGCAAGAUCACAUCUCAAAAUACAAAAGGCUGAUGUUGUGGUUUAAAAAUAGAGUGUUUGCCUAACAUGUACAAGGCCAUGGGUUCAAUCCGUGGUAUGACAAAAAAACAAUAUUUACCAGCAUCCCAGAGGCCUAUAUAUUUGCCCUCACAAUCAACUCCUUUUUCCCACAAAGAUACAACUGUCCUGUCUUCUAAUAUUAGUUUAGUUAUACCUGGUUUUUCAUUUUGCAGAAAUAGAAUCGUGUUCCUCAUCUUUUUUUUUUUUUUUUUUUUUUUGUGUGUGUGUGUGUGUGGUGCUGGGGAUUGAACCCAGAGCCUUGUGCGUGCCAGGCAAGCACCCUACCAACUGAGCUAUAUCCCCAGCCCCUGAUAUCUUUUCACUGAACAUUAUGUUUGUGAGACUCAUUCAUGUUGUUGCUAUUGUUCAUUUUCUUUGCUGUAUGUGUUUGUACUACAAGUAUUUAUUAAGUCCACUGUAGUUGGCUACUGGGGUUGUUUUCAGCUUGGGGCUAUUUUAGAUGAUGCUGUAGUAAACAUUCUACACAGUACCCUUGUUCAUGUUUAUCUUAAUCCAUUAAAAUACAAUAAACUGGGUGGCUUUUAACAAGAAAUUUAUUUCCCACAGUUCUGGAGGCUUGAUGUACAAGAUCAAGUGCCAGCAUGAUUGGGCUCUGGUGAGAUCUUUUGGUGCUUGCAGACUGUCAGCUUCUCCCUCUGUCGUUAUAUGGUGGGAGGAGCAAGCAGAAUUCCUCAGGCCUCUUUUAUAAGGAUACUAAUCCCAUUCAUGACCCACUCACCUCCUAAAGUCCCCACCUCUUAGUACCAUUGCCUUGGAGGGUUAUGAUUUCAAUGUGAGAAUUUUGAGGGGACAGAAACAUUCAGACCAUAGAAGUAGUGUGGGAUAUAGCAAUACAGAAAGUGUGGGAUAGCUUCCUCAUAGGAAAUACAAAUAUUCAUUCUUUUGUUUACAAAUAGUUUUCAAAUGUUGGUUGUACAAAUUUACACUUCAUAGGACUUUCAUUGAUUCACUUUCUUGCCAACACUUGGCAUUGUGAGACUUUUUAAUUUUAUUCAUUUUGGAGGAUGUGUAGUGUUACCAUGUUGUAGUUUUAAUUUCCAUUUCCUGAAUGAGUUGGUGAGGGCCACCACUCUUUCAUUUUUAUAGAUCAUUUAUUUGCUCUUUUUUGUGAGGUACCUAUUAAAUGUUUUAUCAGUAUUUUAUUUGAGUUGUCAGUCUUUUUCUUACUGUUUGUGGCUUAAAUUAUACUGAAAAUAGCUUCUCAAUUUGUUCUUUUUUUCUUUUCACUUUCUUAGUGGUAACUUUUGUUCAAUGAAAGUUCUUAAUUUGGGGCUGGGGAUGUGGCUCAAGCGGUAGUGCUCUCGCCUGGCAUGCGUGCGGCCCAUGUUCGAUCCUCAUCACCACAUACAAACAAAGAUGUUGUGUCUGCCGAAAACUAAGAAAAAUAAACAUUAAAAUUCUCUCUCUCUCUUCCUCUCUCUCUGUCUCUCUCUUUUUUUAAAAAAAAAAAGUUCUUAAUUUUAAUGUAGUUCAAUGUAUUAUAGUUGAUAUUUCUUAUGUCCUUUUUAUGUGAUAUGAAGUAAAGAUCAAGUUAAGGCCAGGCGCCAUGGCACAUGGAUAUAGUUCCAGUACAUUGGGAAGCUGAAGUAGGAUUGCAAGUUCAAAGCCAGCCUCACCAAUUUAAUGAGACCCUGUUUCAAAAUUUUUAAAAAAUUAAAAUGGCUAGGGAUGUGGCUCAGUGGUAAAGCACCCUUGGGUUCUAUCCCAGCCCUAAAAAAAAAAAAAAAAAAAAAGAUCAAUCUCGACUUGCUUUUGUUCACCUGUUUUCUGCUAUCCUUUUUUCUACUAUCCUUUUUCUGUUCCAUUCCAGGGUACCACAUUGCAUUUAGACACCCUGCCUUUUGAAACUUGAUUUUAGUCAAAGAUUUUAAAUAAGUCACUAGUAAUACCAGAUUAUCUUCCAUUAUUGUAGUUCCUAAGUCUGCCCAGUCAAAGGCAUUGGAUUUGCCUCCUCCUUUAAAUUAUUCCUUGGUAUCUCUAUCUGGAUAUAAUCUCUUGCUCUGAAUUUUUAUAAAUUUUUUCCCUUUACUUCCCUCAUGCUUUAUUAAAGUACUUUUGCUGAUUUGUCAGUCCUUUCUAAGUGAUAAAUAAAAUCAGUCUUGGUACAUUGGUACAUCAUCUAUAGAGCUGAGUGAGAUCUGAACCCUACUUGAAACUAAAUCAAAGCCUCUUAAGUUUAUUCCACAUUGUUUUGUGAAGAUGAUAGGAUGAUAUCAGAUUAAUGACUUGAUCCAACCAGCACCUUUGGAGAAUUAAAACCAUAAAAUUAAGUUGUUAGUUAUUUGCAAUCACUGUGCUUCCCUAGAAGUUAAAGACUAGAGUUAGAUAUAGAGUCCUCCCUCAUUGUCUCUCAGCCUUAUAGAUUGAUACUAUUCUACUGUAGUUAUAGCUCUCAAAAAACAUUUGUCUCUUUAGUACAUACAGCUGUGAAGCUAAAAAGCAAAUUUGAAUAAUUUCUUUAAAUGAGUGUAUUUAAAACAUUGACUUUUCUAAAAUGAUCUCGUACUUCCUGCUCUAUUUAUGUCUUCAUAUUUUAUAACAUAGAUUAUGUCUUAGGUCUCCUUAAUUACACCUCCAAACUGCUAGUGAGUAGCAGGUGUAAAAUUGAGGGGUUGAGGGAAGAACUGUGAAUAAAUGUUACAUGGUAAAUUGUAUACUUAUACAUUAUAAGAACUGGUAGCUACUUAUAUAGUGAGCUUGGGGUUUUGUUUUGUUUUAAGAGAAGAUGCCUUCGGAAUGAAUAAACAGCAAAUCUUUCAUUUGUGUAAAGUAAAAAUUAUAUAUUUUUGAAAUAUAUAUAUAUAUUUGAAUAUAAUUCUGUAAGGGGUUAAGUUAGGUAGUAUCCUAAGAGAAAACAAAACAAAAACAUGUUUCUACUAAAAGACUUAGACACAAAUGUUCCUAGCAAUUUUAUUCGUACUAGCUAAAAAAGUAAAAUCAUCCUAAAUCAAUGCACACAGUCUGGUGACCAGUUAUACAAAUUAUGAUAUAUUCAGAUGAUAGAAUACUAUGGAUGGAUGCAUCUUCAAAAUAUUAUGCUAAGUAAAAGAAGUAAGGAACAAUACAUACUGUGUAUUUACUUGUAUUUUAUUUUGCUGUAGCACAAGCAAAACCAGUGAUGAGUGUAAUAAUAUUGGGGGUUGCCUAGGGACCGGGUGGGUUGACUACUGAAUGGCAAGGAACACAGGAAACUCUGGAUGGUAGAAGUGUUCUCUAUCCUGAUUAAAAUGGUGGCUAUAUAGGUUAUACAUUUGUCAAUAUUUAUCACUUAAAAUUAGUACAUUUCAUUCUAUGUAAAUUAUACCUCAAAAAAUUGAUUUAGGAGGCUGGGGUUGUAGCUCAGCAGUAGAAUGCUCGCCAGCACGUGCAAGGCCCUGGGUUCGAUUCUCAGCACCACAUAAAAUAAAUAAAUUAAAUAAAGGUAUUGUGUCCAAUUACAACUAAAAAAUAUUUUUUUUAAAAUUGACUUAGGUUAAAAAUAUUAAAAAAUAUUUUGUGACUUUGAUAUUAAGAGAAAAGAAUCCAAGAUUUCUAUAUUAAAAUGCAGAGAUACAUGGGAACAGAAACAAUGAAUUUGGCAAGGGCAGACCUAAUUGUAAUGAUAAAUUUCAAGACUUUUGCAUUUGAUUAGAUAAAUUGGGUUAUCUGACAUCAAAAUAAAAGAGGCCUUCUGUAUUUAGCAUGAAAUUUGAAGUCAUAAUUUUAAUUUCUAUUUUUGAGUAUUUAAGUUAUUUCUCUGAAGAGAAAUGCUAGUAAAAUUGUGGAAAACAAAUACAGCUAAUGUCUGAUUUUCAUUGAUGAGCUGUAGAUCUAGUUUUUGGAAAUUAUUCAGCAGACAUAAAAACGUCCUGAGUCUUUGUCCUCUAGCACUGAAGACAAAUUUUAUGUAUCUUUUAAAGUGGUUGUUUUUGAUGUGGUUGUUAUGUACGUGCAUUCAGGUAAAAAUAGGUAAUUAAAUGAUACCUAUUUUAUAGGCUUUAAUUGGCCUAUAUAUUUUUAAAGUAUUUUUUUAGUUGUAGAUGGACACAAUACCUUUAUUUAUUAUGUGGUGCUGAGGAUCAAACCCAGUGCCUCACAUGUGCAAGGCACGUGCUCUACCAGCGUCAUGGUCUGCUUAUUGAUAUACAUUUUUUUUCUUGUUUCUCCUGUAGCACAGUUGACUACUAGUUUGGUCCCUGAGGCAGAGGUCCUAUAGGGAUCACAUAGCAGAGUUUGCUGUGUAUAUUCCUUACUGGACAGUAAGGGUAGGUAGGAUCACUCAAUUUACAGUGGAAGUCAGUGGCAAAAUGAAGUUCAUAGGUAGAAAUUUACCAUAUAAAACACGUACAUUCUCUCUUCUAUCUGAGUAUGUAAAUACACAGAUAAAUAUGUAACAUAGUAGUUUAGGACAGGCCUGAAGAAUGAAAUUAGUAAAGAUCUUAGAGAUACUGUAUUUCAGCCUAGACUCUGAAAAGUAUAUUAGUAAUUCCUGUAUAACUCUUUUUACUCUUUAUUUUCCAUGGUGGGAUUGUGAAGUAUUUAGUAUAAAAAAUGAUUUAAAAAAAAAUAUGAGGCAGCAAAGUUACUAUAACUUUGGUUUUCAAGAAUUGAGUUUAAUUUUUAUCUGACUGUUUAAGAGCAAGAUUGGUAUGAUGACAUAUAAUUAAUGUGACAGUAAUUCCUCACUUUGUCAUAAUCUGUUUGCUACAGACACAAAGUACUGUGAAUAUGUCUUAAAGAUAAUACAGCUGAGCUAAAAGAAUAAGUAAUGAUGAAGCAGUAUUUAUAUAAUUUUCAAAUUAUAAGCAGAAUAAAUAAUAAAUCUGAAAUUCAUCUUAAGGAAACCAAUACCAAAAAAUAUUUAUACAUGCUAUGUGAAAAAAUAGAUUGCUCACAAAGAAGCACCAAGUAUACCUUAGCAACAGUUGAGCCUA